AUGAAGUGCUCUUUGCAAUUUAGCCUGGUAUGCAUCUUGGUUUGCUUGCUGCCUUCCACUCUCUCCAAGGACUGUAUCUUUUGCGAAAUUACUUCCUCCACAAUAUGUCCUGGCCUCAGGAUGAGCUGCGCUGAAGACGAAGACUGCUUUGUGGGUGAAGGAGUUGCCUUGGGGGUUUCAGACAUCCUGAACAAGGGGUGUACCCGCUCCAUCAACUGUGGCAAAGAGCAACCUGUUGCCUACAUGGGCGUCACCUACAGCUUGGUGACCAACUGCUGUAAGGGAAACUUGUGCAACAGGGCUCAGUCCCUGAGAGGGCCUUCCCUUUUCUUUCCGUUUGCCCUCAUCAGCCUCCUGACGGGCUUCCUCUGA